AUGGACAGGGUCUUCGGCUCCUGUAUACCGGGCAUGGAGGCGGCGGCGGACAGGGACGAGGAGGGGCUGGAGCUCAGCCUGUCGCUGCACCCGUCGCCGUCGUCGCCGCCAAGGUUCCAGGCGGUCUUCGCCUGCUGCUACUGCCCCAGGAAGUUCCGCAGCUCGCAGGCGCUCGGCGGCCACCAGAACGCGCACAAGCUGCAGCGCAACCUGGCCAGGCGCGGCCGGGAGGCCGCCUCCGCGCCGCCCGCGCCUCCGCCGCAGCCGCCGCCGUCGGCAGCCGACCAAGGUAACAGCAGGGCGUCCGGCAGCUUGAGCGCGCCGGCGCCGCGCUCCAGGGCGGAGCCAGCCGGCGACGCGUGGGGGGAGGGGAGGCACCGUCGUCAGCAUCAUCUUCAUCAGGGCCUGGCGGGAGGAGCGGAAGCCUCGUCCGGUGCACGGGGCGACGGAGAUGAUGCCGAGGAGAUUAUUGACCUGUCCCUGAAGCUAUGAGCUCAUGCAUGCAUGAGCUAGCAGCAGCAGCAGCUCCUCCUUCUCCUCCUCCUCUCCUCAAUUAGUUUGCUUAGUUUCUUCAUCACGUCAUUAUUUCUUGCUUGAUCUGUCGUACGUGUUAUUCCUUGUCUCAUCAACUUAUGGAAUAUGGACUGCUCAUCCUCAUUUAGAGAUUGUGAUAUAAUGUUCAGUUCAGGGAUCACGCAGGGAUUAACUUAAGUAAUAGUUAGGUGCAUUCAUCAGAAGCUUCUUCAUGAAUUCCUUGUACUGCUAGUGCUGAUCGCUCUGAAAAUAUUCUGUCCUGCUACAAUUGCUUAGCUUAAUUUCCAGAGGUCUCAGAUCGAUAACUGCUUGCUUAGCUUGCUGCUUUAGGGAUUCUUGAUUCUUCCAUGGCUAUCGUCU